ACGUCGCAGCGCCGUAAGAAGUUACCUGAGACACACGUUGCGUGAGGAAUUUGACCACAAGGCAACACGCGAUCUUUCAUUUGAAUAACUUGACUUCAGUCAUGGUUCUCUCAGUAAAAGUAGAAAUGUAAUUUCCUACUCUAUGACUCUGUAUUGGACCGAAACAGUUCGGACUCAACACAGUUGACAGGUGAACGCAACACGUUGAAUAAGCUGCUGCUCGACAUUGAUAUGGAUCACUCCAGUGACUUGAGCGACUUGUACGACGUGCACGACUUGUACGACGUGCACGACAUAAACGGCUCCCCCCCCCACCACGAACACCGGUGCUCGGAGGACCAGGAAGGCAUGGAGCAUCUCAGGAGGAAGAUCAAAUAUUACUUCAUGAACCCGUGUGAGAAGUACCACGCUCGCGGACGGAAACCGUGGAAACUCGUCUUGCAGAUCCUCAAAAUUGCCAUCAUUACCAUCCAGUUGGUGUCUUUCGGGCUGAGCAACCAGAUGGUCGUCACGUUCAAGGAGGAAAAUCUGAUCACGUUCAAGCACCUCUUCUUGAAAGAUUACGAUGACGACGGAGGCAUGGAGAACUACGCCGUCUACAGCCAGCCGGACGUCUACGACCACAUCGACUACAUCCUGAAACAGUAUGAUCAUCUGCACAACAUCACGGUGGGCAAUCACGAAUAUGAGAAAAACCACCCCAUGAUGGUGUGUCAGGAGUUCUACAGGAACGCCAGCAUCUUCCCGGCCAGCGAGACCUUUGACAUCGACAUCGAAGUGAUAACUGAGUGCUUUAAUGUUUAUCCGAUGGAUCAUCCGACAUCGCAGGAGUCAAGUCCACGUUUCAUAUUGCAUUUCAAAAGGAUGCUCUCUGUCAAGAUCACAUUUGUCCUGAAGUCAAUAAAUUUACAGACGGUGAGGUAUCGGGAGCUGCCAGACUGCUACGACUUCCAUGUCAUUAUAACUUUCGACAACCAGGUGCACAGCGGCAGGAUAAAGGUCAACCUGGAAAACGACGUCAACGUCAACGAAUGCCGAGAGUGGAAAGUAACCGGAGCGCCUGCCAGAAACAUCCACCUGACCGUGCUGUUCGACUGCCUCAUCAUGGUGACCUGCAUCGCCUCCUUCGCCCUCUGCACUCGCUCAGUGAUCAACGGGAUCCAGCUGCAGUUUGAGUACACGGUCUACUGCAAGAAAGAAUGUGGUAAUCGAGUCCCGUGGUCCGACAAGCUGGAGUUUCUGAACGGCUGGUACAUCCUCAUCAUAGUCAGCGACGUCUUGACCAUCAUCGGCUCCAUUCUCAAGAUCGAGAUCCAGACUAAGGUGCUCACUAGUUAUGACGUCUGCAGCAUCUUCCUUGGGACCGGCACCAUGUUUGUCUGGAUUGGGGUCAUCCGCUACAUGGGCUACUUCAGGAAGUAUAAUAUCCUCAUCCUGACGAUGAGGGCGGCGUUCCCGAAUGUGAUCCGGUUCAUCUGCUGCGCUGGGAUAAUCUACAUGAGUUACUGCUUCUGCGGCUGGAUCGUCCUGGGCCCGUAUCACGAGAAGUUCCGGACGUUGAACACGGUGUCCGAGUGUCUGUUCUCCCUCAUCAACGGAGACGACAUGUUCGCCACCUUCCAGGAAAUGAAGCGGAAGAGCACCCUGGUGUGGCUCUUCAGCCGGGUCUACCUCUACACCUUCAUCUCGCUCUUCAUCUACAUGAUCCUCAACCUCUUCAUCACAAUCAUCACCGACACCUAUUACAGGAUAAAGAAGCAGCAGCUGAGUGGGAACCUGACAUCAGAGCUGCACAACUUCCUGUCUGUCUGCAAAGAUCUGCCGAAUUCUGGGAUGUACAGAUUUGACGAGAGCAAAGGCUUCUUCCUGAACGGCUGCAUUACCAGGUGCAGGAAGCAUGAGGAGACGCUGUCUUCAGAGGCAUAGCAGGCAUUCAAUGUGGAUGUAUUACAAAGUUUAAUAUAUUCAGAGGGUCCCAACACUUUUCACAUGAUGCCAGUGGGUUUUGUUGUACAUGCCACUGGAUUCUUCAGCUGAGUGAUUUCAUGUGAAGCAGCAGUUUUUCAGUGCUGACUUGACAGAGCUUGAGAGAUGAAUGAAGUCUGAUCUUUGACGCACAGAGCACUUUUAAAAACGCACUUAUUUAUAACGUAGAUGGUAAAACACGAUUGUGACGUGUCAUCUGGCAAUGCUGUACACCGAGGAUGAAUCGAGGUCGAAUAAUAAAUGAGUGAAAUGAAAAAUCGCAAGAUUUUAUUCCUCCGUUGUCGAGAGAAGGUUACAAUACAAAAAACUAAAAUAUAAUUUCGUUCUCCUCACAUUAAUUCCUUGUAAUGUUGCAAUAAAAAUAAAA